AUGCAGGGAGAGUCUCUUUCAACUGCAACGUCAACGCCGGAUAGUAUGGAGUCCUCGGGUAUCAAGAAUCGGUCGCCGUCAUUGCCCAAUGACCAUGUCAUUGAAGACAAGAUUGAGUACAGCAACAAGACGCCAUUCAUGGCCUGGAUUGUCCUUGUCAGUAUAAUGUUGGUGAAUGCUGCUUGUAACAUUAUGUGGACCACUUGCUCCAGUGCACCCACACCGUCAGCCGAGUGGAUGCAAAUCGACUUUGAUCAGCUAAACUGGUUAUCCAAUGCAUGCGCUAUUGUGAAUACGUUGCUAUCGUUACCAGCUGGAUGGGCCUAUGAACAAUUUGGUAUCAAGGCUUGUAUUUCCUUUUCAGGGAUCAUCAACUUGGUUGGAGCAUGGAUCCGAUAUGCAGCCGUUGCAGCUCCACCAGAGAAGAGAUACACCAUCGUUAUGGUUGGCCAAGUCAUUGGUGGCAUUGGUGGUCCAUUCGCAUACAAUAUUGCUCCAAAGUUUGUCGCUACUUGGUUUGCACCCCAAGAUCGUACAAUCGGCAACACAUUUGUCUCUAUCUCUUUGGGUAUGCUUGUGGCACCAUUGAUUAUGCCUCCCCUAGCUCCAUCGGUCGAAAAUGUUCCCUGGAUGUUCAAGGUCGUUGGCAUCAUUUGCACAUGUUGUGCCGUCCCCAUCUUGUUGACACCCAAGCUGCCAAAGGUUCCUCCUUCAGCUAGUGCCGCUGCACCAAGAACAUCGAUUUGGAAAGGUGUCAAAAUGCUUUGCAAAAACUUUCAAUACAUCAGCACUGUCAUUGUUGCAGGAGUCAACUGUGGCAUGUUUUAUGCCAUCUCUGUGAUUAUCAUUCAAGCCGCGGCGCCUUACGGCUAUACGGAUCAACAAGGAGGCAUCGCAAUGGCCGUAUUAACUAUUGCUGGCUAUGUCGGCGGUACUUUUAUGGGGUACUUUGUUGGACAAAGGGGCGAGCAUCUCAUGUUCAUCAAGCUUUUCACACCGAUGGUGGUCGCUACCUAUGUCAUGUUAAUCUUCCAAAUCGUUGAAAAUGGAUACGGACCCUUGAUUUGUAUCUGCUUCUUGAUUGGAUUUUUCUCCAUGGGCGUGCUUCCUGUGCAACUGGAAUAUGCAUGUGAAGUGUCAUAUCCGGUGCCCGAGGCUAUCGCAUCCAAUGUCAUUUGGACCCUUGAUACGGUCGUCAUGCUCAUUUUCACAGUCAUUGCCAACGCAUUACGUGCAGGACCAGAAGCCGAUCCACCAGGCAACAUGCGCAACUCACUUAUUGCUGCUGUGUGCAUUAUGGCCUUUUUCUCAUUACCCAUUCUAUGGCUUAAGGGAGAUCUCAAACGCUUAGCCGUUGAUCGGAGGAGAGCAUCUUUAGUACCUAGUGUUUAG